AUGCGUGGUCUCCUCCCCUGCUGGGCGUUUAUCGCUCUCGUUGCUGCUCAGGGUUUCGAAGCCGACUGGGACGCCGCCUACACAAAAGCUACCGCCGCCCUAGCCAAGCUUUCCCAAUCCGAGAAGGUCGGCCUCGUGUCCGGCGUGGGAUGGGGUAAAGGACCAUGUUCCGGAAACACGGGUUCCGCGCGAUCCAUUAACUAUCCCGCACUCUGCCUGCAAGACGGUCCUCUCGGUGUUCGCUCAGCAGCUAGCAUCACCGCUUUUCCAGCUGGGAUCCAAGCGGGCGCGACAUGGGAUCGAGCACUGAUGAGAGAGCGCGGAAGGGCGUUGGGAGAAGAAACGAAGGCCUUGGGAAUCCAUGUGAUUCUUGGGCCGGUUGCUGGACCGCUUGGACAGUUUGCCCAAGGAGGGAGAAAUUGGGAGGGCUUUGCGAACGAUCCGUAUCUCUCUGGCGAAGCGACCGCGCAAACAAUCGGCGGGAUUCAGGAAGGUGGCGCCCAGGCAUGCGUUAAGCACUACAUCCUCAACGAGCAGGAGAAGAACCGCGAGACGAUGAACUCGGUCGUCGACGACAGGACGCUGCAUGAGCUGUAUCUGUGGCCGUUUGCUGAGGCGGUGCGCGCAAAUGUAGCAUCGGUUAUGUGUAGCUACAACAAGAUUGACGGGAAGUGGGCGUGCGAGAAUAAGCGGGUUAUGGAUGACCUAUUGAAGAAAGAGCUGGGGUUCCGCGGCUACGUGUUGACGGAUUGGAAUGCGCAGCAUUCGACGACUGACAGUGCGAAUACGGGACUGGAUAUGACGAUGCCGGGGAGUGAUUACAAUGGUGGGAAUGUGUAUUGGGGCUCGAAGCUGCAGUCCGCAGUCUCAAGCGGCCAAGUAAGCACGAGUAGAUUGGACGAUAUGGUUAAGAGGAUUCUGGCGAGCUGGUAUCUUGUCAAGCAGGACUCCGGGUAUCCUGCUACGGCAAUUGAUCGACGGUCCAAGAAUGGUGGACCGAACGUACAGGGGAAUCAUAAGGAUGUGGCGCGGAAAGUUGCAAGAGACGGCAUUGUGUUGCUGAAGAAUACGGAUGGGAUAUUGCCGCUGAAGAAGCCGAAGAGUAUUGCAGUUCUAGGGACUGAUGCCGUGCCGAAUCCAAAAGGAAUCAACUCGUGUCAGGAUAUGGGGUGUAACCAGGGGACGCUCACGAUGGGUUGGGGCAGUGGGUCUUGCACUCUGCCGUAUGUCAGUUCCCCAGCGGAAGCAAUCACCACCCGCGCAAAGCAAGACAGCACUACUGUCACCAUUUCCGCUACCGACACCUCCACCCAGGCCGCUUCCGCCGCCCAAAACGCCGAUGUCGCAAUCGUCUUCAUCACAGCAGAUUCCGGGGAAGAAUAUGUCACUGUUGAAGGCCAUAAAGGCGACAGAAACAAUCUCGACGCUUGGCACAACGGUGAGGCCCUCGUAAAAGCCGUUGCAAAUGUGAACAAAAACACCAUCGUCGUUGUUCACAGCACGGGUCCCAUCCUCAUGGAGGGUUUUGCGGAUCUGGCGAAUGUAAAGGCCAUUGUGUGGGCGGGUCUUCCGGGUCAAGAGGCUGGAAGUGCGCUGGCUGAUGUGCUGUAUGGCGAUGUGAGUCCGAGUGGUAAGAUGCCGUAUUCGAUUGCGAAGAAGGCGAGCGAUUAUGGAACAACAAUCCAAUCGAACACCGAUAACUUUGGCGAGGGCCUGUAUAUCGAUUACCGAGCGUUCGAUAAGAAGAGCAUCGUCCUGAGAUAUGAGUUUGGCUUCGGAUUGUCGUACACCACCUUCAAUUAUUCUAACCUUGCAAUCGCCGGCUCGCCAACUCCCGGUCCCGAGACCGGCGACACGAUUCCCGGUGGGGCGUCAUCGCUCUUCAAGACCGCAGCUACAGUCACAGCAACGAUUACGAACUCUGGCUCAGUCGUAGCAGCGGAGGUCGCGCAGCUGUACCUCGGAUUCCCGGACUCCGCUCCCGAUACGCCAGUGAGACAGCUUCGAGGCUUUGAGAAACUGAAUAUCAAUCCUGGAGAGAGCAAGUCGGUGAAGUUUGUGCUGAGGAACAAGGAUUUGAGCUAUUGGGAUGCGACAGCGAAGAAGUGGGUUGUCCCGAAGGGGGCGUUUGCGGUGGACGUUGGCGCCAGCUCCAGAGAUUUGAGACUGAAUGGGAAGAUUAGCGUAUCUUAG